AUGCUGUUUGGGCUCCUGUUUCUGCCCCUGUUCGCCCUCCUGCCCCUCCCGCUGGCGCUGCCGGGAUCGAUGAUGAUGAAGUCGCAAACCCCACCAAAAAAGCUGUUGUUGGACACGUUGGCCACCCGCAAACGGCCUCUACUGGCGACGCUGACUCCCCACAUCGACUCCCUGGGCGAGGAGGACUUGUGGACGACGCUAGACGCCAACACGUUGCUGACAAGCUUGACGAGCAUCUACGAGGAGCCGCCCCCGGCGAAAAGAUCGUGUCCCGAGCUGGCUCCACUGGAGUGGACGGCGAAACUAGACGCGGUGUUGCUCAAAGCCUACCAUAAGCUCAACCACUUCCGCCACCACCCCAAUAACCCCCCGGCGCCGACGCUAUUGGCGACGCCGCCGCCAAAAGUAUUAAGCCGCAUCGUCCACGCUAAGACGGGGGUGACGAAGCUGGCGGCGGAGAUCGCCCAGCGCCUUCAAGUAUUGACGCGUGACAACCUUGACGAAUGGGCCACGGCGGCCCUGGCACCCGUGCCGCGAGCCUCGGCGCAAGACCUGGUCAACACUAAUGAAAUCAUCGACCGCGAACUUAAUCUGUUCUUGCUUCUGCCGCUGGCCACCGCGUACGAACUCGUCGUCACCCAUUUCGAUCUUUCCUACCACCCACAACUGACUGAUCCCGCCCACCGCUUUGCGACAAUGAUGCGCCCGGGGUCACCUGCGGCCCCCGCCUCGGUGUUGGGUGAGGUGAUCGACCAGUGUACCCCGGCGAUCGAUUUCGUCAAUCAGAUGGUGUUCCCGCAAAAUACUCACAUUCCCGUAUUUAUUGGCGAGCACGCCUUCGACUUGAAGAUCCCUCUUGCUCCCACUCAGCCGUUAGACCUCGUGCUGGGGACAUUCAAACUGUAUAUGCGGCUUGUCGCCACCCUCCAGACCCCGCUGCUGCUGCCACUGCCGCCGCCGCCGAUGCUUCUGUGGCGUUGCAAUUCGAUGGUGUGGAACAAUUUCACCAACCAGCAGAUCUACCAGAACACCGAUUUCAUUAAUGGCUACCCCUUAGCCGGGUCCAGUGCCGAUUUGGCGUCGUCGCCGCAGCCCCCCGGCGCGUACGAUGUUCAGGUGCCGUUUCUCAAGACGCUCCUAGCAGGGUACAUCAACUUCGUCAUCCAGGGCGGUGGUGAGUGCAACUUGACGGUGGCCCAGGUGCUUUACGACGGUAACUCUACCAACCCCACCGACCAGCCGUACGCGGUGGUGGUACAUCGCAUUACUGAUGCCGGCGUCGCGAAACCAGGGUCUCGCUUCAGCACGGUAAAGCUUUCGGCACCGCUCGAAUCCCGGGAGUUCAUGGCCCCGGCGUACGUGGCGCCCCCUGCUACCACCACCACCGAUACUCAGCAAUACACCGUCAACGACGUCGAAGACGACAACGAGACGGUAAUUGCCGACUCGCUGCCCUACAAGCUGACGCCGCGACACGACGGCACUCCCGCCGACUAUGGGGCGUCGCCGAUGCCCCGAAAACGCUUCAACAUGACCAUCGACAUCGACCGCGCCGGGUUUAUCAUGGGCCACCAAGGGCCGAUGACGGCGCCGGUAUACAACCCCGACCAGAUGGCGAAAUACGCCCCCGCCCCGCUGUGUCGGGGCAGCGUUGUCGCCCCUCCUCCGCAUGGGGGUGCUGUCCCCGACGAGUACGACCACCAGUUUAUGCAGGCUCAUAGACUCCCCCCGGACCAACGAAUGUUGGCCGACUUUGACACUUUGGCCCAUGGCCCCAUGGGCGCCCUCAACCCGCCGCCUCACCCGGGGAUGGUGGGGAUGGGGCACCCCGCUAAAGGCGACAAGAUGGAAAUUACGUUUGGCCCGAUCCUCGAGUACGACCCGUCGAAAAACCCGUCGGCGGCGGCGGCAAAAGCUCCGCCACCUGCCACUGGCCAGCAUCGGUUCCCCGUGAAUCCCACCAUGUCGAUAUAUAAACCGAAAAAGUAG